AUGAAAAUUCAAAUUUCCCGCGAUUUUUGGCAUUUUGCGACAGAAGAGUUUAUUUCGAUCAUGGCUACUAACGGGAGACACACUAUCUUGCUGAUUCAAAGAGGUCGCGCUGCGAGUCGUUCCUACUGGGAUUUCCCUACCGUAAACCAGUGCAUGCAGUUCUUGAUCGAUUAUUUUGAGAGGGAGCUGAUCAACUUAAAUCCCGCAAAGCCCAAGUUGUCGUACACUGUUAGCGAUAUCUAUAACCAGCUUGACUCGUUUGAAGAAUGCAAUAUGCUUGUGUACAAUCCGGAAACCAAUUCUUACAAUCCUUAUGGACGAGAGUAUAUCAAAGAGAGACUCUUGAAGUACCUGCAGCACCUCGGUUGCUUUGUUUGUUCCACAAACACGCCACAUUUUGCGAAUUGUUGUGAACUCUGCCUGGAAACCAUCGGCCAUGUGCGAUCUUCCCGCAUUCUGAUGACUUCCAACUUUCUGCUCCGCGUCCGCUUUCGGAGCUUGGACGUAUUCCAGCUGGCCUCAUGGGGAACAGCUUCCCAAAACGCAAGUGCUGCAUCACAGGGAACUUCCCCAGCACUUCGCGCGCCCAGUAGUUUUGCAGGUGGAUGUUAA